GGGCAAUGACUCUCUGUGCCUCUACUCCCAGAACAUUCUGUACGCGGAUGAGUCGGAGGGCGCCCCCGUGAAGGUGAUCGACUUUGGCUUUGCCCGCCUCUGCCCUCAGAACUCGCAGCCCAUGCAGACGCCCUGCUUCACCCUGCAGUAUGCGGCCCCCGAAAUCUUGCAGGAUGGAGGCUACGAUGAAUCUUGUGACCUUUGGAGCCUGGGGGUGAUCUUGUAUACCAUGCUGUCUGGCCAAGUCCCCUUCCACAGUAGCCAGGAAGGGAGCGCAGCCAGCCACGCCGCGGAUAUAAUGCACAAAAUCAAGGAAGGCCAAUUCUCCCUGGAGGGCGAGGCUUGGAAAAACGUUUCCGAAGAGGCAAAGGAGCUGGUUCGAGGUCUUCUCACGGUGGACCCUGCCAAGCGACUGAAAAUGUCCAACUUACGCUACAGCGAGUGGCUCCAAGAUGGAAGCGCCCUCUCUUCCACCCCGCUCAUGACGCCGGACAUUCUCGAGAGCUCCGGACCCGCUGUGCGAACGGGCGUCAACGUCACGUUUAUG